UUACCGUCUAGAGAUAAAUUUGGUUAUGUGAGAUUAAAAUUAUGGGAAUGUAAUAUCAAACUAGAUUCUGUCUUAAAAGCAUUUAUAACCAGAAAACAAAACAAAAUAACUUCUUUCUUCAUUUCACGCCUCUGAUAUGCCUAAAUUAGCUAUUCUAGUAAUUGUGCUAGGGUACACAGCUGCAUUUUUGAUUCAGGACUUUGGAUUUAACCAGACAUCUACACUUAAUGGGCAACAUGCUACCGUUGAAGACAGUUUCCGUGAUUUAGUGGCAUUGAUUGUGGAGGAAAAGAGAAUGCGAUUAAAGCUAGAGGCCAGACUAAAUGAUGCUGAAAAUAAAAUAACUCAGAUGCAUCUGUUUAAUGCAGCAGUAAGUAAUGAGUUAGAAAAAGAAAGGAAUGAAUUGCAACAAAUGAAAAUAGUUUGCAAUGAUCUUAGACUUGAAAUUGACAACAUUACUGCGGAUAAAAGCUUUGUCAGUCUGCAAACACUUAAUAGUAUCCAAACUGACGUAGAAAAUAUCACGGACAUCUUGUCAAGUUUGAAGUUAGAAGACAAAAUACGUCACGAAGAAGCAACACAACUUAAUAGAACUCUUGUGGAAAACAUAUCGAAAAUAAACGGACAGCUGCAAAAUGCAAAUAAUUCCUUAAAUUCCAUUCGAGCUAUGAAAAGACAUGGGUUUUCUGUUUACUCUCCGGACAGAAAAAGCGGCUCUGGUACUACUCCGGUCAAGUUCGGCGGUAUAUUCUACAACGACUUCAAUGUCUUCAACAUGACCACGGGAAUGUUUGAUUGCAAACUUUCGGGGCUUUACAUUCUAACCUUUUCAAUUGUAAAAUCAAAUGAAAUUGAGGGAUCUGUGACGUGUAGAGUCUACAAGAACGGACAUCGUAUCAGUGUAUUUGCUGCUACAAUUGCAGCUGGAGGAUAUUUCUAUUCUUCAGGAGCGAAUUAUUUUCUUUAUCAGUUAUAUGUAGGCGAUCACGUAUAUAUAAGUGGCUGUAAUCUUCCAGAUCGUCUCCAACCGGAAACCAGCUUUACCGGAUUUCUUCUCAGUCCAGUAGGUUAA